AUGGCCUCUUCAGGAAAGCCGUUCGAGGGCGUUUCGCUGGACGAUUUGCCUAAAUCAUGGAACUUUACGGCAUCACUGCCUGCGGAUCAAGCCUUUCCAACUCCAGCAGACUCGCAUAAGACUCCUCGAGACAAAAUCGGACCCCGGCAAGUGCGCGAUGCUCUCUUUACUUGGGUACGGCCGAGCCAACAGGAAGACCCCGAACUGCUAGCUGUAAGCCCAGCUGCGCUGCGGGACAUUGGAAUCAAAGAAGGCGAGGAGAAAACCGAAGACUUUCGACAGCUAGUAGCUGGUAACAAGUUGUACGGAUGGGAUGAGACAAAGCUGGAAGGCGGAUACCCUUGGGCGCAAUGCUACGGCGGCUUUCAGUUUGGCCAGUGGGCAGGACAACUCGGAGACGGAAGGGCUAUUUCGCUGUUCGAGGCAACGAACCCGGCAUCCAAUGUGCGAUAUGAGCUACAGCUCAAGGGGGCCGGCCUAACCCCAUACUCUCGAUUUGCAGACGGAAAAGCCGUGCUUAGAUCCAGUCUCCGAGAAUUUGUUGUUUCCGAAGCACUCAACGCACUCAAGAUACCCACAACCAGAGCGCUGUCUCUUACCUUGCUUCCUCAUUCCAAGGUUAGGCGAGAGACAACCGAGCCUGGAGCUAUAGUGCUCCGAUUCGCCCAAUCAUGGCUGCGGUUGGGCACUUUUGAUAUAAUGCGGGCAAGAGGAGAUCGCGCUCUCAUAAGGAAACUUGCAACAUACAUUGCAGAAGAUGUCUUUGGCGGAUGGGAAACGCUUCCUGGACGACUAGAUUCACCCGAGGACCCCAAGAAAUCACCACCUCCUAAGCGCGGGAUACCGGCUUCUGAGGUCCAAGGACCCAGCAAUGCAGCCGAGAAUAGAUUCCAACGGCUGUAUCGAGAGAUUGUGAGGCGAAACGCCGUGACUGUUGCCCACUGGCAGGCAUAUGGAUUCAUGAAUGGUGUUUUGAACACCGAUAACACAUCAGUAUACGGCCUGUCGAUGGACUAUGGGCCUUUUGCUUUUAUGGACAACUUCGAUCCGUCAUAUACUCCAAACCAUGAUGACCACAUGCUGCGGUAUAACUAUAAGAAUCAACCCACUAUUAUAUGGUGGAACCUCGUGAGGCUCGGCGAAGCUCUUGGUGAGCUUGUGGGCAUUGGGGCUCAAGUUGAUGAUGAGACUUUUGUCAACAAAGGUAUCAGAGAAGAACAGGAGAAGGAACUGGUUGAGAGGGCAGAGAAUCUAAUCAUUCAAGCCGGAGAGGAAUACAAGACUGUCUUCCUGAAUGAGUACAAGCGGCUAAUGACAGCGAGAAUUGGCCUGCGCAACUUUAAAGAGACGGAUUUCGAUGAGCUCUUCAGCGAAGGGCUUGAUACUAUGGAAGCUUUAGAAUUGGAUUUCAAUCACUUCUUCCGUCGCUUGGGCUCCAUUAAACUGGCGGAUAUCGCAGACCCAGCGGGUAGAAAAGAAAAGGCGGCCAUCUUCUUUCACAAAGAAGGGCCGCCCCAGGCAGUGAGCGCAGACGAUGCAAAGGACAGAAUUGCCAAAUGGCUUGACAAAUGGCGGCUGCAUCAGGAUGCGGAAAGAAGACAGGCCAUGAAGCAGGUGAACCCAAACUUCGUCCCUAGAGGCUGGAUCUUGGACGAGGUGAUACGGCGUGUCGAGAAAGAGGGCGAGAGAAGAGUCUUGGAUCGCAUCAUGCACAUGGCUCUACAUCCGUUUGAAGAUUCGUGGGACGGAAUCGCAAUUGACGAUGUUGAGUACAAGGGCGACUCAGAAGAGGAACAGAGAUGGGUUGGCGAUGUGCCCAGAUUUGAGCGAGCGAUGCAAUGUAGCUGCAGUUCAUAG